GGCAGCCAUGCAUAUAUUUCUCCCCGCGGGAAAAGGAAGUGGUCGGGUUUGUUGACAUCCAAUGUGGAAUGAGAGUGACGAGAGAUGUUCUUGCGUUAGCAAGUGUGCGAUAACGAUGUCGCCAGCUCUUUCUUUUAUACUUGACUUUAGCGUAACGUGUGUGUCAUCUAUGUAAUAGCGGGAUAUAAUUUAAUAGAAGAACAUUGCCUGUCCAUCAUGGCAGACCAACCUGUUCCACAGAGCGCCCUGAGGGAGUUCUGUCCCCUGUACUACCUGCUCAAUGCAAUACCUGCUAAGGUCCAGAAAGGCUUCCGCUCGGUACUGGUUUACCUGACUGCUCUGGACGCUAACAGUGAUUAUAUUGCAGUAGGAAGCAGUAUUGGGAUGCUCUAUCUGUACUGCAGGCGAGUCAGCCAAAUGAACAAAUACAACAUUGAGGGAAAAUCUGAGGCCAUCACAGCAGUAAAGCUGCUUAGUUGUUUUGAUGACUUAGUGGCAGUUGGCACUGCAUCUGGUCAAGUUGCUCUCUUUCAAUUGGUGUCUCAACUUCCCGGACGGAAUAAACAGCUAAGGAGAUUCGAUGUGGUUGGUUUUCACAAAAGCCCAGUCACUGCCUUGGCCUGGAGUGCCAAUGGAAUGAAGCUUUUCUCUGGCGAUGACAAAGGAAAAGUUGUGUACUCUGCUGUAGACUUGGAUCAGGGCGUGUGUAACCCAGUGCUGCUGUUUGAGGAGCCUUCAGCCAUAGUCCAACUGGAGUACAGUCAGAAGGUCCUGCUUAUCUCCUCUCAUCAGAGAUCCCUGCUCUUCUACACUCAGGAGCAGGCCUUACAGCAGCUGGGCACCAGGCCUAGGAAGAGCAAUGGGAAGUAUGGCGCAUGCUUUCAGCCAGGCCUGUGCAAGCAGAGCGAUCUGCUGGUCUACGCAGCGAGGCCGGGCCUUCGGCUGUGGAGGACGGACAUCCGGGGGCUGGUAGAGGACACGCUUGUCUUGAAGCCUCUGUUCAACCAGGAGGUGCCCCAGUUUGAGCUUUUCCCCAGGCUGGGUCCCACCGGGGGCUACCGACCCCAGGAGAGACAGCUUGGCAUGGUGAGCUGCUUCCUCAGAGAGGGCUGGGUCCUCAGCUGGAACGAAUACAGUGUCUACGUAUUGGACUGCCUCAACCAGGUGAUCAUUGGUGCGCUGGAGAGCUCCGGGGACAUAGUCUCUGUAUCAUGCACUGAAAAUGAAAUUUUUAUCUUGAAAGGAGAUCGGGACAUCGUUCGAAUCUCCAAUACUCCAGAAGGGCUGGCUUCGAACCUUUCUGAGUUAUCCCUCCGUUUAACUUCCCCCCUGACCACGCCCACCAUCCUGCUCCCGCCCACUGGCUCAGUUGAGACAGCACAGCCAAUCAGAACCAUGGCCAUCGUCAUAGAGCAGGGGGAGCGAGAGAGGCUGGUGAAUGAGGAGGUGUUGCCUGAGCAGGAGCAGCUGAGAGACAUCCUCCGGGUUCGAGAUGCAGUGGACACUGGAACCCAAGCUGAGAGGCCUUGGGUGGGGGAGCGACUGAGCCACCAGAGAGGGGGCAGUGUAGGGGGCACCAACGAGUCUCGUAGCCGUAGCAGCUCCAUCACAUCCUGGGAUAGCGCUCAGGGCAUGACGCUCUCCACCACGACGGAGCAGUCCGAGCUCUCUUCCAGCCGCUACAGUGCCAUCAACCAGGAGGACUUUCAGCAGGAACUGGUUGUCAAGGCCAUCAAAGUCAAGAAGAAGGCCAAGAGGAGGAGACAAGAAAGUGGAAACCGCAUCUGUGACCAGUACAACAGCUGGUCUGAGAGCAUGUCCAGUCAGGAUGGAGGCGGGUUUAGUGACGGGGGCGCCAGCACCCCUAUGAGUGAGCCCGCCUCCGACCACACCAGUCUCCAGUGCGGCAGUUCGGACCUGCAGAGCAGGAGCAGUGGUUCCCCGGACCGGGAGGGCUCCGUCGGCGGAGGCUCGCCGGAACUCACCGCCUCUGGAGCUCCUGCCCAAACUCCAGCCUCUGGUACUCAGCCUCCCUCCUGCCCAACGCUCCUGCCCAUCCAGGGCAUGGAGUAUCAGUCCUACCCAGAGAGCGGGAAAGGCCCCUCGGCCACUAACAAAGAGGGAGAAGCCCCCACCCCGGACGUGGACCUGCUCCUAGAGUGCACCUUUGCCUACAUGCAGACGUCAGAGACCCAGGAUCGCAUGGAGCAGGAGGACGAUGACUUCCUGAGCCCCCUCAUCGAGCCGGAUGACUGUGAGGACCAGGACGGCCCCGACCACCAUCAGAACUACCUGCUGGAUUUGGAACCUCCUUACAGUCUGGAUCCGACUUACACCCCGAGGCCAGAGCAGUGCCAGAGCAGCGAUGAGGAGGACAUCUACACUCCCCAGGGAGUCCCGUACUCCGCCUCCAGCGUCAGCCUGGGAGACGACCUCAACGCCCUCAACCUCCAGUGCUCCAACGUGUCCAAGCUGGACCAAGACAAGACCUUGGCCGAGAGCUGGAUGGGAUACACCGGACCCGGCUGUGGCAUCCUGAGCCUGGUGGUGACCGACCGGUACAUCUGGUGCCUGGACUUCAAAGGAGGCCUGUACUGCAGUGCCCUCCCGGAUGGGGGCCUGAGCUGGCAGAAGUUCGAGGAGAAUGUGCAGCAGGUGGCUCUUUCUCCUUCAGGGUCCCUGCUCUGGAAGGUGGAACAGAAAACCAUGACAGCAUAUGCAUGUGGUAAAGUCACCAUUAAAGGGAAGAGGCAUUGGUACAAGGCCCUGGAGGACUGUGCCUUUGUAGCGCUAAGUGAAGACACGGCCUGGAUCAUCAGUACCAGCGGAGACCUUUACCUGCAGACAGGGUUGAACGUGGACCGGCCAUGUGCACGCGCUGUGAAGGUGGACUGCCCGUGUCCCAUGGCCCAGGUGGCGGCUCGGGCCGGGGUGGUGUGGGCCCUCAGCGAACACAGGGCCGUCUUCUAUAGGGAAGGACUCAGCAGCUACUGCUCUGAGGGGGAAAUGUGGAAAUACGACAAAAUCAGUGAGAGCCAGGGUCUGGAGCCCAUCUGUAUAGCCCUGGGGGAGAACAACACGGCCUGGGCUCUGGACACCAGCGGUAGUCUGUGGUUCAGGACUGGUGUCAGUGCCAAGAAACCCCAGGGAGAGGAUGACCAUUGGUGGCAGGUGAGCAUCACGGACUAUGUGGUGUUUGACCAGGGCAGUCUCUUCCAGACUCUCAUCCAGGCCACUCAGAACGUGGCCACGGCCACCAAGGCCCCGGUGGAGCGGGUGGCCGAGUGCCUCCGCGUGGCCUUCCUGUCCCAGCAGUCCCAGUGCCAGCCCAGCCUGGUGUCCUCCAAUGCCACUGGUGUCUGGAUUGCAUCCGGGAGGAACGACUUCCACGUGGCCAAGGGCAGCCUCAGCGGUACAUUCUGGCAGGGCGUGGUACCCAGAGGAACAGUCUCGGCCACCAAGUGGGCCUUCGUCUACUCCUCAGCUGUACUCAGUAAAGAAGGGAGCUUCUUGUGGUUGGGCCAGAGCAAGAAAGACCUAUUCUGUGUUUGGGACCAAGAUGGUCAGAUGCACCCAAACACGGUCCAGCUACCCCAGGAUAUCGAGAUGGUGCAGCUCUCUGCCUGUCGCGAUGCCCUUUGGGGUCUGGACCAGCAUGGCCGCGUCCACAUCCGCACCCUGUCCGCCAGCUGCCCCACUGGCAUGCACUGGAACCUGCUGGACCUCAGCCAGCUCGGUCAGGUACGGCUGAUUAGCAUAUCAUGUGGCAGUCAGAAUGUAUGGGCUUGUGAUGGCUAUGGAAUGGUAUAUUUCCGUGUGGGCACGCAACACCUCAACCCCAGCAUGAUGCUUCCUGCCUGGAUAUGCAUUGAACCACCGGAGCAGCCCGUGGGAGUGCAUUUGAUAAGGAUCCACACUAGUCCCAAUGACCGCAUGCUCUGGGCCAUUGACAACCGAGGGAACGUACAUGUCCGCACAGGAAUCACCGAUGAAAUGCCGGUCGGCACAGACUGGGAACACAUUCCAGGACUACAGGCUAGUCAGCUGGUGCUGAGUGUGAAGACAGUUUGGGUACGCUGCCCCAACGGCGAAGUGGCGAGGCGCUACGGUAUCACUGACAAGAACCCCGCCGGGGAUUACUGGAAGAAGAUACCUGGCCUCGUCAACUGGCUGACCGUGACACCAAUGGAUGAACUAUGGGCUGUGAGUGUGUCUGGAGGUUUGAGCCACCGGCUCACAAAGACGCUGGUGCACAACGCUGUCAAGUCCCAUGCCAACACAGGCUCACUGAGUGGAGAGGACCUGGAGGAAGAGUGGGAGGUGAUCUAAAGAAGACAGACAUUGCAUUUGAUUCCCUAUUUAGUGCACUACUUUUGACUAGGGACCAUCGGGCACAUAGAGCUCUGGUGAAAUGAAAUUCACUAUGUAGGGAGUAGGGUGCUAUAUCCCAUGUCUACCCAACUGAAACAGCUCUGUAAUGUUAUUUGCUUUCACUGCUGAAAUGGGCUGCAUUUAAUUUAUUAGUGGGCACUUUACAUACUGUGUGGUAUUUCUUUUUAAUGUUAACCUACUAUGUACAUAACCUGUAAGAUUAUAUGCCAACGGUUAGAGGGUAAGUCAGCACUGAAUGCACUGUGGCUGUGUGGACAAAUGAGAUGGGGUGGCGUGUUACCAAGUGACCUCCGGGUGUUACCCAAGCCCUUCUCAUGCUGUUUUAGAAUCCUUAACUGUCCUUGUUUACGUUUAACCCAACAAAACCAGUUCCCUUUGAAUUUGAAUGAACUACUUUUAGUUCUUUUAUUUGUUUUUACCUGGUGAGGUUGUUGCAAGGCGAUUUUGUUUUAUUUUUAUUUAGGUUCUCAGUGAGAAGGUAGCACUAGUUAAACUUGGCUACACUGGGUCUCUCGUUGUAUUCUUAGGAACGUUUCCCAUUGAUCUAUUUCCGUGAGUACUGUUUGUGCCACAGUACAAUUGAGCCUCCCAGUCAGACUUGUCCAGUGUAACCACUGUCAUUCAACAUAAUGCCACAAGCGUUAGAUACGGCCAUGUUGUGUUAAGUAUCUAGUGUGUACAAAGAGAACUACAAUGGUAGUAUGAAGGAGAUUUUUUUUAUUGUGUAUAAUACCACAUGUAACAUGACUCAGUACUUGAAUGGAAAAAUGUAUCACAUUAACAGUGCAAAGGUACAUUAAUCUCUGUGUAGGUGUUUACUGUGCAGAUUGAUUGAUGCUUCUUUUUAUACUGUGGAAAGCUCAUUGAAGAAGGGAAAUUUGCAGGAGUUUAAGCUAGGAGAUUUCUAAUGUGUAUUUUGUAUACUACAAAGGAAAAUGAACCAACUAAUAUCCAGUCUUAAUACAGCUACUGCAUAUAUAAGGGAAUCAUCAAGACUUUUAUGGCGGAACAGAUAUAAACAUAACAGCUAAAAAAGCUUUGGACAUCAGUCACUGACUAGUACAUCUCAAUUUGCUUUGUGAACAAGUUGAUUGUGUUUGUGAAAAGUUAUUACUGUGGCUUAAGUAGUACUGUAGUACAAUGCUAGGUAUGUAGCUAUCAGAUAAACCAUGGUUACACUGACAUUAAGCAUACUACUGUACAUUAUAUCAUAAUGUUGCUAUUGGAUACUGUACUUCCCAUCUUUGUUAAUUAGUCCUUAUAGGGGCUUGCAAGUGCUAAUUCCGAUUGAAGGUGAGCAUCCCAAAUGGCAGCCUAUUCCCUAUAAAUUGCACUACUUUUAACUGGAGCAUAGCCCUUGGUCAGAAAUAGUGUACGUUUGGGGAAUAGGGUAGAAUUUUAGAGGUUUCCAAUUUGGGCGGGUUAUCGAAUGAUGGAUGGAUUGGAAAACACUGGACAGGAAAACCCGGUGAUCAGAUGGAAGUGGCCCCUAUGUAUAUUUUAUGGGAUGCACAGUACCACAAGUCCACUGAACCCUGUUGUAUGAAUCUAUGCCUCAUAAGUAAGAACUUCCUUAAUAAAGAUGUUUACAGCGA